AUGGUGAUCGGCUAUCUUUUGGCUCUAUUAUGUGUAGGCUGGCAACAUGUCCUUGGUAAGGAUCUUAAGGAGAAGCCUAACCAAAUCGGACCCCGGGUUAUUGGAGGUGUGGUGACCACAAAUGCAAAACUAGGUGGCUAUAUGAUGGUUUUAAAAUACAAAAAGGAGUUCAUGUGCGGCGGAACCCUCAUCCAUGAGCUCAUUGUCCUUACGGCAGCCCACUGCUUUAUCGGUAUGCCCAAACCCGAAUAUUGGACAGUGACGGGAGGAGUCUCCAGGCGAGGCCUGGAUAAAGGAGAAGUUCGCCAGGUUAAGUCCUUUUUGCGACCGAACAAUUUUGACCAAACCAAUAUGCAUAUGGAUGUGGCACUAAUGCGUCUGGCGAAACCCAUGAAAGGACUGAAUAUCGCCAAGAUUCCUCUAUGCACUGGUCCUUUGGAAGCAGGAACCAUUGUUACUGUUUCUGGGUGGGGUCUAAAACAACCAGAAAACGUAAAGCCCGAAAAACUUCUUCGUAGAGUAGAAGUGCCGAUUAUUGACAAAAAAAGCUGCAGUGAUGCCCAUUUACCAACGGUUAAACUAACGUCGACGGUUUUAUGUGCCGGAGUUUUAGGACGUCGGGAUGCCUGCACCUUUGACUCAGGGGGACCGCUGGUCUAUCAAGGACACGUUUGUGGCAUAGUGUCCUUUGGCAUUGGAUGUGCCUCUAGGCGCUAUCCUGGCGUGUACACGGAUGUGAAUCAUGUGAAGCCCUUUAUCAAAGAGUCCAUGCAAAAACUUUUGAAUUCCUAA